GACAGAUCUUAUGUCAAAAGAUAGUUUUUAAAAACAAUAAAUUAUUUUUACAGAAGAUGAUUGAAUAAAGUUUACUAGUAAUUAAUAUAUUAUAGACAACACAUAUAAAGUUAAAAUGGAAACGGCUAAGAAUUUUGAAAACGUUUGCCGUCUGUGCGCAGCAGAAAAGCUUAAAUUGAGGGACAUCCCUGGUGAUGAGCGCCAUAAGCAGCUGGUCGAUCAGAUGCGGAACAUUUUGAAAGUGCAGUAUGAAGAAAAUGAUGGCCUUCCACAGAAGGUGUGUAAACCGUGCGUUACCGCUAUGCAGAAAAUCCAAGACACCCUGGACGAGUACCGCAAAAACGAUAUGCUAAUGAGGAAGCAGCUUCUCGGCCUGGAAGAAAUCGAGGUCAAACUGGAGGAAUUGGACAACAUUGAUAGACCGUACAGCAUACAAAAUGUGAAGAUCGAGGUUCUCGAAAAACAUUAUGAUCUCCCCACCCCAGAUGGUGAGAUAGAGCAAAUGGAAGAGUGGUUGGAAGAUGAUGCAGUAGAUAAUGAAACUGAUGUCGUGCAUGUCAGUGAUUCUGUGCCCAAUGAGAUUUUUCAGUAUUCCGUCGAAAUGUGCCAGAAAGAUGGAACUCCUAAGAAAACGCAAUCAAUGAAACGAAAGCGAGAAUUAAGCUCAAAUGGACCGGAAAAACAACGUCGAAAAAGAGGUUCAAAAUCAUCAGAUGAUCCUAACAGGCCUCGAUUGAAUGACUUCAAAUGUUAUAUAUGUAAAAGUGAUCCGCUAGGUUCUGCAAAAGACUUGUUGGACCAUUUGACACUCCACAAUGAUCUGCUGCCCUAUACAUGCACUCUUUGCAUCCAAGAUAUGGUUGAAAUCAAACAAUUGCGUUCCUUGAAUCUCCAUUUAAAGAUGCACGAACAACCAAUCAAGUGCGAGUACUGCGAUCGCCGCUAUGCCAAUGAUCGAGCCAAAGAUUAUCACGUCCAAACUUUCCAUUUGGGAGACAAUGCUCCUUGUCCAUCCACGUGUGAUUUGUGUGGGAAGGUAUGCCCAUCAGCCCUGUCGCUCAGAACGCACAAGAAAAGACACACGAUUUCGUUCAAUUGUGAAUUCUGUUCGAAAGGAUUUGCUGAGAAGUCCAAACUCAAAAGGCACAUUUCACGGGUUCAUGAAAAAAGCGGCAGCUAUGAGUGUACGAUCUGUCUGAAGCGCCUCACCACUAUUGACGCGUACGAACAUCAUGUCCGCACUAUCCACGAAGGUCGUCGCGACUAUGAGUGCGAUGUUUGUGGUCGCACUUUCACAACGGCUGCCUUCUUGCGGAUGCAUCAGAAGCAUUAUCAGGGUGGAGUAUGCAAACCGAAAAACAACUGGACUCCCUACUAUACCACCCGAGUCAACGAGGAAGGCAUUAAACUGUAUAACUGCAAACUGUGUAACAAAGAGGACAUGCGCGCAAUCAGCGAGCAUCUGCGGGUUCACUUUCCCGAGGACUACGAGUGUCCGAUUUGUUUGGUCAAGUUUCCGCGCAAAUCGUCCUUCGACAGGCAUCGGCUUACGCACAGCGAAAUCACGCACCAUUGCUUCAGCUGUGAGAAAACGUUUCUUAGUUCGCGAAAACUGACCAGCCAUUUGGAUAAAGUUCAUGGCAUAGGGCGGAUCUUGGAGACGAACGAGCUGCCGUUGGUUUCAGACGAGGAGUUGGACUUCGACGUCGUAGAUUAGGCAUGGUAAGUUCCGACCAUCGCAUCCAUCAUUGUUGGAAUAGUUGUUGUGCUGGUGAUAAGUCGGGCCUCCUGCGUUGCGGUGGUUAUGCAUACAAUAAUUACCACGCCGCCACGUCCAUUGCCACCGUUGUUCCUGUGGUCACAGUUGUCAACCAUUCAACGGAAAUACGAUGCGCUCGACAACCUAUCGCUGAGCUUCAACGGGUUCACGUCAACUUGCUGAUCCAGUCCCGUCCAUUGCUCUGGUCGCCCUGAUGGUUGCGGUAGAGAAAGAUUAAUAGCUUUAUAAUUUUAUUUAAAAUACAUAUAAACAAAAACGAAUGUAAAAUAAUUGCCGGAGGUAUAAAAACUUAAGGAACAAUAAAAUGCAAACUCACCGGUA